GGAUUAGAAACUUUACGGAUAGUUCUUCUUAUGAUUUGCACCGUGUGGUUUUUCUAAAUUUUGUGUUGUUUUUGUUUUUGUUUUUCUUACUGAUAAAUAUACUACAAACAUGACGUUUCAGGGCUCAUUUGAAGAGUUCUUCAAGCAACAAAAGAAAAAGCAAAUCAAUCAACAGUUUGCUCUACCAGAGAGAAAAGCAAAAGUGGACCAGCUCGUUAAAACGAUAGAAAACACAGACAAUCCUGACACAAGAUAUUGCAUCUGUCGAUCAACUGAUGGUACACGUUUUAUGAUAGCAUGUGACAAUUGUGAGGAAUGGUACCAUGGUGAUUGUAUUGGUGUUACAGAGAAAGAUGCCCAGUUUAUCAAACAAUAUUACUGUGGCCCAUGUAGAGAGAGGGAUCCAACAUUGGUCACUAGAUAUAAACACAAGAAGCAUAAAGAAAAGGCGGAGAAAAAGAUACCUCUAAAACCAGAGAAACUUGACAGAGCUGCUCUCGAAUAUAAGGGCAAACUCAGGGAACCAGAAAUUGCUGAAGAUAAGAAAAAGUCGAGUAGGAGAUGUGGUCAGUGUACAGCAUGUCAUAGAACUGAAGAUUGUGGAAGAUGUGAUUUCUGUAAGGAUAUGAAGAAAUUUGGUGGUCCGAACAGAAUCAGACAGAAAUGCAGACUAAGGCAGUGUAGUAAUUUUGGUUUAGGUAUAUUAACAGUAAAAGAUUUAGAUGAUUCUAUGUCCUCACCACAGUUAAAGGAUGUCCUGUCCAGUCCAGGUUUCGUGAAUUUCUUUGGAAAAGACCAGGCAAAGCUAGAUAAAUCAGAAAAGAAACGCAAAAAGAAACUAUCUGGAAAAGAGGACACUCCAAGAAAGAAGUAUAAAGACAAAAAAUCUCCUACAAAAAAGAAACAGAAAGGAAGAGAACAUAAACGAGAACACCAUCAUCGCCAUUAUCAGGAGUACGAAGAGGUGGAGGAACCAGAGGAGGAGGUUCAGAAACAAUGUCUGGGUCCCGGCUGUGUGAACCCAGUGAGAACUGCCUCUAAAUACUGCUCUGAUGAAUGUGGUUUAAAACUCGCAAAAAGCCGAAUCUAUGAACUGUUGCCACCAAAAAUUCAGCAGUGGCAGAGCAGUCCUUGUGUAGCGGAAGAGAAGAAUCGCCGAACGUUAGACAAGAUCCGUCAGGAACAAAUGGAAGCAAGGCAAAAACUGGUGGAACUGGAAAUGAAAAUCCAAGAACUUGAUGCACUUGUUGACAGGGCUAAACAUGCUAAGUGUGAAGCUGAAAAAGAACAGCCAUCAGAAUCAGAGGACGAGAUGGAAUACAAUUUGUUUUGUGUAACUUGUGGUCUUGAAAUUAACCAGAAAACAGCAUUGAAGCACAUGGAGAGAUGCUUUGCAAAGUUUGAAGCUCAGACUUCAUUUGGAUCUAUUUACAAGACUCGUAUUGAAGGCACCUCAAUGUUUUGUGAUUUCUACAACAGUCAGAGUAAAACAUACUGUAAACGACUGAAAGUCAUCUGUCCGGAGCAUAUGAAGGAACCCAGGGUACCUGCAGAUGAAGUAUGUGGGUGCCCUCUUGUAUCUGAUGUAUUUCAAGAAACGGGUGAAAUUUGCUUAACUGCAAAGCGUAGAUGUAACAAACAUUAUGGCUGGGAAAAAUGUAGAAGAGCUCAAAUAGACAUGGAAAGAGUCAGACAGUGGAUGAAGAUUGACGACUUGUUUGAACAGGAGAGGAAUGUACGUCAUGCUCUGUCUAAUAGAAUGGGUGUACUGGGGCUAAUGCUACAUCAAACUGUUGAUCAUAACCCCCUGUACCCAAUCAUUGUACCGGAUAUGGACUGAAACUACGAUUACAUGGCAAAGGAUUAUGCAACUUGAAAUUCGUAAACUUGUCAAAUGUUGAGAUGUUUUACACUAAGCAUUGCAAUAAUGUAGUCAAAAUGAUUAUUUUGCUAUGCAAGUUGGCAUUUCAGUAAAGGUUUUGAGAUUCCAAAUUUGUAAGUAGUUAUGACGGAUACAGACAUAAAGUGCAUCAGAAAAACGUGCACAACAAGAAAAAUGCUGUACAUCAGUUUAACAUUUAAAAGUUCAGAUUCAAUGUUAAAUAAUGGGUAUACGUGGGUCUGUGGUAGUAAAACUGGAUUUGGAGACCAGUCUCAAAUCCCCACAUUUUGAUUGGUUGAUCCUGAGCUUUUGUUUUGAAAUUGGCCAAUAGGAAGGCUGUAUUCUGAGACUUGUUUCCAAACUGAGUUCUGUAUCCUUGGACACAAAUACUACAGAGAACAGAAUAGGACUCACUCUCUUCAGAUGCUGCGAAAGAGGAAAGGAAAAUGUCAGUUCAAUAUUGUUGACUUGAGAUGAUAUGUUGAAGUCUGUAGACUGUUAACUCUAAUUCUGUUGUCUCCACCACAAAUAGUCUGCACUUUAAAUGAAACAAACUAAAGAGAGAUGUCUUAUAAUAACAUUUCUUGAUAUAUUUUAUCUUCUGUAAGAUUACUUUUGAAGUGUUAAGAGGACAUUAAUGUGGCAUGUUCGUGGAGACUUCGGCACGAUUUCCUUCUUCAUUUCAUGCAUGAAUUACACAAAGAGCAUUAAACUGCCAUAGAUGAUUGGUUGAUUAACAUUGCCAGGAAAUGAGCAGAAUGCUUCAGUUAUCCAGUGUUCAAGUGAUCCAAGCAUACAAGGAAGACAGCUAGAGACCACACAAAUUCCUUGGUGCUAGAGCAAUGAUUUAGUAUCUUUUGAAGAAAAACAUCAGUACUGUAGAGCAUAAGAUUUACGAACAUUUCUUUCUUGUCAUAUUUAUUGUUAAGAACUGUAGAAACCAGUGUAGUUAAAUCAGCAGGCAUACCGUACAGGAAAUCAACAAAAACUAUGAGGAAAGGUUAUUCCAGUCUUAGAUUUUCUGAGAGUGGUCUAAAGAAGUUUUAUUUAAAACCUGUAUUUGCUUGAUAGCUUUCUUUGAAGAGUAAAUUGUUUAGACUAAGAUUAGUGUAUAUUAAAACAUGUAGAAUGUAAUAA